AUGUGGUGGAUCGAACAACGAGCUGUGUCGAUAAUCUUGAACAAGAGUCCUGGACCAUCGCGGGUCACCACGCACGAUUUCAACGACGAUGAUCCCCGCCCUCAAACUCUACCCGACGCAGCGGGAUAUUCUUUCCUCAACAAGAAGGCACCUUCUUCUGGAAUCUUUAGGGCAUUGGACGAACAGAUUUCGAAACGGAUUUCGAAGAGCAUACGCUCUCUUGGUAAAUUAUACGGGGUUAUCCAAGAAGACAACGGUCACGCUGUUGCCCACCCCUUCUACAACACAACAGAGGAACCCGGUGUAACUGUGACGAGAAGCGCUUUCAUCUCCUGCCCUCCGACAUGCAGCAGCCAGAAAUUAUCCGAAAUGACGGAAAUAUACGCCGGGGCCCGGUUUCAGUAUUGCAAUGGGUUCUCAUCAAUCCAGCAUUUCGAGACAAGAUGUUCCGCCCUCCGUAACGCACUUGUCGACAAAACAUCCUCGGGUGUAUUUACAAUAGUCGCCAUCAAUAUCGGCAUGUGUAUGUUUUCCAAAUCAGCACUCAUCGGAGUAUCCGAUGAUGGGGAGGGGUCAUGUCUCAAUAAAAACUUGAAGGGCAUUCCGCAGUUGCCCGAAUACAUCGAACCAACAAUGUACGAGCUUGAGACCAUCGCCAGAUUGUCUUCGGCCGUCGCAGAUACAAUAUACCUCGUUACUGGUAGAAGCAAAAAUCCAGAUGCAACCAUCACUGUCAAUAUUGACAUACCUGAUUUCCAGUAUUACCGCACCGCUUGCGAACUCUUUGAGAAGGGCCAGGUGGGUGCAGAGUAUGUUCAAAACUGGAUUACAGCAAUGGACUGCAGAAAGCACCAGCUGGGGGCAGUAUUGAUGGAAAUGAUUCGUCUGAGCAUGGAGGAUCGCGGUAUCUCAAGCCCGGGGGUUACCAUCCGUCUCAGUUCGGGAACUGAGGAAGCAGCUAGUCUCUUCAAAAAUAAGGUCAUGCUGGGGCGAACGCCCAACCUUACAGAGGUUCUGGAUGUAAUGGCUUCCAGAGGUUUUGAGGCUAAGGAAUGGCAAGAGUUCCUAGGUUCACUGGAUGCUCGACAACAGCCCUUCAACAUGGACCAGCUUGGCAAGCUUGUGUACGUUUUCAAAACAGUGAAAUCCGUGCUACUACCCAGUGCUUUGCCUGGGCUUACCUCCGACGCGGCAAACUCCAUAAACGAGACACUCCUUAUCCAAAUAAAUGAUAUCCGAGAAUGGAGAAUUUUUGAUAGAGCGAAAAGGUUUUUGCACAAUUACUCAAAGACGCGCCUACAACCCUUUACCCCUGCUAUUGUUGGCUUGUUUCCAAUGCAGAAGAUCUUUCUUCAUGGCGGUGGUCGCUCAGACCUCUACCAAGAGAAUUCAUCAGGUCUAUAUCUAGACAUCAAUAUGGACGGUAGAGCACAGGAAGUCACCAUUGGCCGCCUGGACAUUGUUGGCAAAACUUAUGGCUUUCAAAUUGCCAGUCGGCUGAGGGAUUUGUGUCUCUCUCAAGGGUUAUUAAAGUAG